UAUGAAUACGCCUUCUACUAAUUUUUCUUUUGUUUUGGGAUUCAUCCAUUUAUUCAUGUAUCCAUCCUCUCUCCAUUCAUCUUUAAUUUGACACAUUCAUCCAUCCACUUUCUAUCAGUCCAUCUUCUAUCCUUUUCUCCAUCCAUUCAUCCAGUAAUAUUUCCAUCCAUCUAUUAUUGUAGUCCUUCAUUUAUCCAUCCUUCUGGCUUUUUAUUCAACCACCCAUUUUUCUCCAUGCAGUGUUUGUUUCCAGGUUCCAUGUUUAGAUCUUGACUAAAGUAGAAGUAUAUGCAGUAAUCCAUAAAAUCAAAUUAUUUAUUGUUAAAAUUGGCUUAUAAAGGAUUGAGAUAUGGGAGAAUUUAGUUCUGAAAAAGUCUGACAUGAAAACUGCUUUAAAACACAUUACUAAGGUUCUCUCUGAGGCUAAAUUUUAAUUUUGAAAACAUGGUUUUUAAAUGCAGCCAAAUGUAACUCCAGGAAUUUAACAACUGGAUUUUUGCUGUUGUGUUUGUAAAACGAGAAAAGAUGCAAGACAUUUUCCAAGCCGGACAACUUGACCCGUAUAUAACAGGAUCCGCUUUCCAUUUUUAAAAAAAAUCAGGAAGACAGAACCUUUAGCUGGAAGCAAAGCAGGGAAAACAUGAUAAAUGCUGAAGUGUUAGAAGUGUAGUCUAGACAAAAGCUAUAUUUACUGCUGAGGAUCAUGUGUGGCACUGAUGACCGCCUGGUCAGGCUGUAAACAAAGAUCAUGCCUCAUCUGGAGGCCUCUCCUCCAGCAGCGCUGAUAAAAGGCAGAGGAAAGGCGUUGCGAUGUGAAGACACAAUCACCUGGAGCCCCUCUCAGCACCUAUCAACCAUGGCAUUUGCUCUUUUAACCAUCUUAUCUGCUGCCGUCAGCGUGACCCACUGCUAUCCGGCUGCUUUUCAAGACCUGGGGGAAAGUGGCAGAAACAGGACCUCCAUUAGGUUUCUAGCUGUAGGGGACUGGGGUGGACUGCCGUACCCACCGUAUGUCACGGCUGUGCAGAAGACCACAGCUCAGGAAAUGAGUAAAGUAGCAGAACAGAUGGGUAUUGACUUUGUUCUGGCCCUUGGCGAUAACUUCUACUACAAAGGAGUCGACAGUGUGGAUUCCCCUCGGUUUCAGGAAACCUUUGAGUCUGUGUACACUGCAAAGUCACUCAAAGUCCCUUGGUAUCUUCUGGCUGGUAAUCAUGACUAUGCAGGGAAUGUCAAAGCUCAGAUCGAGUACUCUCAAAGGUCUGGCAGAUGGAAUUUUCCCUCUUAUUACUACGAGCUGAACUUCCAAAUCCCCAACACGGGAAAGACUCUGACCAUCAUCAUGCUCGACACAGUGAUGCUUUGUGGAAACUCCGACGACUUUGAGGAUGAGAAGCCCAGAGGACCCUUGAGUGCAGUGAAUGCCAACCGGCAGCUGGUUUGGUUGCAGGAGAGGCUGGCCCGGUCCAAGGCGGAUUUCCUGUUGGUGGCGGGCCACUAUCCGGUUUGGUCCGUGUCUGAGCACGGCCCCACGAAGUGUUUACUGCAGAAGGUUCAUCCUCUGCUCAUUAAACACAACGUGACGGCCUACCUGUGUGGGCAUGACCACAAUCUGCAGUACCUUGAAGAGUCCGGCGUGGGCUACGUAGUGAGUGGUGCCGGAAACUUCUUGGACCCUGACAUCAGUCAUUGGAACGACGUCCCCAAGGACUCUCUGAAGUUUUUCACCGGCCAGGCUUCUACUCUGGGGGGCUUUGUUCACGCAGAGGUCACAAAGAACAAGCUGAUCCUGACCUUCGUCCAGGCUAAAGGGACUUCUCUGUACCGUACGGUUCUUUCCCAGAGGGAGUUCAAAUAGAUAUUCAACUUUUAUAAUCAUUUAUCGUGAAGAGGAUUAAUGUGUGGUGUCAAAUCAGUGACAGUUGAUCCUGCUUUUAACUUUGCCACAUAAAGUUCAACGCUUUAAAUAUUUUAAAGGAAUCAAAGUUUUAUCUGUGAAUUUGUCGUAGGCUAAAUUAAAUUUGCUUUGUAAAGUGAGGCGCUGCAUGCUUUGACAGCUUUUCAAGUGCUUCAUUGUUUGAUUUUACCGUUUAAUAAAUGCAAACUUAUCUAAGGUCAACUGAUAGCAGAUUGACUUAUUUUACCUCCUAGUGUGUGUGUGGUUAGUGCAGUAUAUCCAGUAAGCUAAAUUUACCACCAGAACCAAAAGUAUUUCAGUUGUUUGAAAACGUCCCAGAACUCUCCAGGAGGAUAAAGAAGCCAAAUCUUGGAUUUCAUUGUUUUAUUUAUUUUUGAACAUGUUGUGGCCAUCUAAAUUUUUCCGGAUGUUGACGUUUUCUUUGCGUCUAAAUUUGUUCCAGUGAAAUUGUUGCAGGUGGGGUUUAUAAAGGCUUUGUUAAAGUUCCUACAGUCUGUAGAUCUGUGCAACUUACUUCAGUAUUUUCUUGUAUACUCGCCUAGGAGUUGGGUCACAAGUUUGUUCCACUGUUCCUUUGAGGAUCAGAAGCUAGAAAGUUUAUCUGACCCAUCCAUCAUUUAGCGCUUGCUGUAUGUUUAAUGUUCUAGUGCUAAUAAAAGGUAAUCCUCCACAGUC